CACUGACGGAGCCCGGUCAUCAAAAGCCGUCGUCGUCGCGCUCGAGUCUUGAGUCUGUUUCAUGUGCCGUUUACCCGCAGUUCUCUGUGUGUACGUGUGUAUAGGUGUGUGUGUGUGUGCUAAAACUAUUACCAAAAUUGAAGAUCUAAUAAACGGGCUGAUCUAAACGCAAUAUUCAAUUUAUUCGAGUAGCUGUUGACUUGACAACAAUUGAAACAGGGCUUCUGUGCAAAGACCGUCGGCAGGUGUUUCGGUUGUGUGUGUUUCGCAAAGGUUCCUUGAAAAAAACCAGAAGAAACUAACAAUAUCGAUAACGAUAACGAUAACCGUGUAAAGAUCACUGCAUAGUCACAGCUCUGCAUUACAGCUAUAGUCUUUAGUCUAAGAAGAAGCAGCUGCCCGCUGGUAACUCGGCCGAAUCGCUGCCUCUUGGAUUAUGGGCAUAUCGGAGGAGGUCAAGCUGGAGGAACUACCGCAAGAAGCCAAGCUAGCACACCCACAUCCGGAUGCCGUGGCCGAACGUGGUGUGGCAUCCGCCUCGGUCACUGCUUCUGGUGCGGUGCCCAGCGGCGCCAGCGGCGGCACCAACAGCCCCAUCUCGGAUCCCAACAGCGAUUGCGAGGCGGAUGAGUAUGCGCCAAAGCGCAAGCAGCGCCGUUAUAGAACGACCUUUACCAGCUUUCAGCUGGAGGAGCUGGAGAAGGCCUUCUCGCGCACCCAUUACCCCGACGUAUUUACGAGAGAAGAGCUGGCGAUGAAAAUUGGAUUAACCGAGGCGCGGAUUCAGGUCUGGUUCCAGAAUCGACGCGCCAAGUGGCGCAAGCAGGAGAAGGUUGGACCGCAGUCACAUCCAUACAAUCCGUAUCUGCCGAGCGGCGCCGCCAGCAUGCAGCAAGUGGUAGGUGCCGCCCUGCCGCCCAAUCCGUUUACCCAUUUGGGCUUCCAGCUGCGCAAGCCAUUCGAUGCGCCCGCCAAUUUGGCCGCCUUUCGCUAUCCGCACUUGUCGGCAGCACCAAUGAUACCAUCCGGCUACUUCAAUCAGUUCCAACGUGCACCGCCGCACAUGCUGCCGCCAGGCAUGGCUUCCAUGUAUUCGCCCUCGAGCUCCUUUCAGUCGUUGCUGGCCAAUAUGACGGCUGUGCCGCAUGGCCGUGCGCCGCCCAUGCCCGCUUUGGCUGCCAAGCCGCCCAUGCUGGUCGGCUCACCGGAUCUGCAUUCGCCCAAUAAUCAUAUGCUGGCCUCGCCGCCCAACUCGCCCAGCUCACAGUUGUCGCAAUCGCAGUCGCAGCAGCCGCCGCCGGCGGGCCAGUUAUCGCCACAGCAGCUGGUUGGCAUCUCGCUGACGCAUCAGGCACCACCGGCCGGCUCGCCCACACAGACGGCGCCUGUCGCUUUGACCUUGGCCCACGGCCAUGGGCACUCACCGCAACGGCAGCUGGCGCCGCCGCCAACGCGUGCUGCCACGCCGCCCGAGGAUCGACGCACCUCGUCCAUAGCAGCGCUGCGGCUGAAGGCGCGCGAACACGAACUGAAGCUGGAGCUGCUGCGUCAGAAUGGCCACAGCGGCGAUGUGGUCAGCUAGCCAAGCAGCUAUCGUACAAUCCAAUUGGUUAACUGUAGUCCUAAGCUCCUAAGUUAUUCGAAAGCGGACCUUGCAUUUUAUGUUUGUAACAGAAUUCACGGAAUUUCCAUUAAUAAAACCAAGCACAGACGUCAAAGUGUUUGUGAUAUACACACAAAUAAA